AAUGAUUAUAAUACUCUUAUCAACUCUAAUCAUCUGCGCUUCUAGUGACAGAUGCGAUGUUGAUGAGAAAGUUAGAUUUGGUCCUAAACUAGCACAAGAAUUUGACUGUCUAAGAUAUGGUGGAUGUUGGAAUGAUACGUUCAAAUGUUAUUAUGCGAAUGACCACAUUCCUGGAUUUAUUAGAUUGAAUGGAGAAUAUACAACUGGAACUUUAGUUCUUAGCGAAAGCGAUAUAACUGCUAGAGAAUGUGCAAGAAUAUGUUUAAGGAAGACAACGUGUGAAUAUUUUGUCUAUGAUAGUCAAAAUAAAAUAUGUUCGGGAAGGUCCAACCCUAACGUUGGCCAAACUGGCUCUUCAGCAACAAUGAAAACGUAUAUGAAAGAAGCGUUGAAAGAUUGGACUUUUCACAAUUUCCUUUGUCCUAACACAGCAACAGUCACCACAGAUAUUGGUACCCCGAAUGUCAAUACACCUGCCUGUGCGGAAAACUGCAAGACCCAAUCGGAUUGUGAUUUUAUUACAGUUGUUCGAAAUGGUGACCAAGCCACUAACGAAAAUUGUGUUUUAAAGAAAACUAUAUGUCCUAUCGACAAUACGCCAUCAAGCUUCGAGAGUAAACUUUACUUGCCUGGACCUGCAUUUCCUGGAAUUUAUGAUAAUAAUAAUCAAAAUUUAGUCAAAAUUAGAGAUGCCGAAGCAUUAAAUACUUGCGUGCAAGUUAACAAUGCAUCAAAUUUUAAUCUUAGAGUUCCUUGGCCAACAAUCGGCCAAUAUGUUGCUGAUUUUAAAGUUAUAGUAAAGGGUAAUAAUAUGAAAAAGUGCCUUAGAUCUACGGAUGCUUUACAAUCUGCUGGAGUAAUAGUUUACCUACCAAUACAUCCGGAAAGAAACAUAAUAUUUACAGGCUCAUUUGCAGGUUGUAAAUUGGAAUCGGGCAACGAUGAAACUAACUGUAAAUAUGCAUGUUCAUGCGGAUAUGACUAUUGUGAAGCAGUAUAUAUAAGAGGAUUUGGAUCAGAUGAUGAUAAUAUGGAGAUAUGUUAUUAUAAUAUCUUAUAA